ACGACGACGACGACGACGACGACGACGAUGACGCGCCGCCACCGGAAUCUGGCGCUGCACCACCUCACCGUCCUGGCCGUCCUGUCGACGACGGUCCUUCCCGGCGCGGCGGCCAUCGAGGACCUCGACCCCGAAGACGUGCCGCCCGAGUGCGCACUGGCGUGCGCGCCGAUCAAGCAGCUGACGGAGCGGUGCGAGGCGGCGGCGGAGCAACAGUUCGGCGCGGAGGCGGUGAACCGGCGAUGGGCCACCGGGAAGCAACGGCGGGCGAGCGCUGUCGAUGGCGGAAACGGCGGCCAGGACAAAGACGCGUGGCGAGGGCGGCGGCGGCCAAGGGGGGCGAGGAGGUCGCUGCAGAGGAUGCUGGGUUCGCGCCUGGAUCGGCGGCAGGAAGAGGACGAUGGCCAGGAGGACAGCGAGGAAAGCAGCGACGACAGCGACAGCGAUGACAGCGACGACGACGAGGAGGAGGAGAAGCAGGGAGAAGAAGAGGACAACCUCCCAGCGGCUGAAAACGCCGCAGAGACUGGGGGAAUCGAGGAGGAGGCGGCGGCGGAGGCGAACCAGGGGCCCGCCGUCGAGGCGAUGCGGGCCUGCGUCUGCGGGGAGACGGGGUUCGACGUCGCCGUCGCCGCCCUUGGAUGUGCGGCUUGCGCCGCGCAGAACGCGACGGCCGAGGAUGCCAACGAGGGUGAGUUGUCGCAGCCGGCCGUCGAAUGUGCCGUUUGCCUCAAGGCGUGACUAACGAAAAGGGCGGGGGGCGAAAUCUCCAGACAUCCGACAAAUCAUGACCGAGUGCGGCUUCGUCACGACGGCGGACCCUCCGCUGACGAUCACGACGGCGUUCCCGUCCGCUGCAGCGCCCACUCCGCCCCCGAUACUGGCACCGGCCGCGUCCGGCACGGAGACGUCCCCGCCUCCGUCCCCCGCUUCGCCGACCUCGCCCUCCUUCCCUCCGGCGGCGGCGACGACGACGACGACGACGACG